ACCCCCCUCCCGGACACACACUGAACAUGUGCAGGCUUCCUAUAUAGAGACUUUUCAAAAGCGAACACAGUGUUCAAAUCACUCCCACGCCGACAGAUCGUCGCCGAAAAGUGUCCUCACACCCCGACCCGCUGCAGGUAUUUGCACCACCCCAGCACUCCCCUCACUAUCAGCCACCUCACACCAGCAGAAAUGAUCAUCAGACUGGGCAGACUGACACCUGGAUACUUCCGCCUCCUCCAGAGGCAAGUGGCCGGUGAGGUGCAGACGCAGCCACAGGACCGUGCCGUCAACCAGAUCGCCAUGAUGCUGGCCAUCAUGGGCCUGAGCCUGUCCUACUACAGUGCCAAACAGAUGACGGAGAAGGUCCACGUCCAGCCUGCGCCCUGAAGACACGCGACCGCUCCCUGCGUGGAGAUGACGGAUCAACCAAUGAGAAGCGGAGGAGGCUAAGCGAGGAGGUGGCGGCGGCGGCUCCUCUCCGGACAGCACUUUUCUCACCUCAUUCACAGUCGCACCCAGACACUGACUUUCCGGGACCCCUCACACGCCGCGGGGCCAGAGCCUUCGGGGCUCCCGCUCGGCGGGUUUUUCACACGUUUUUGUUGCCACGGCCUUCGGGGAUUUGCGGGGAUUGCUCACUCGGGGGGUCACGAAGGGAACAGGUUUUAGCGGUUUUGGGAGGGUGAAAAACCAGCUGACUGCCAGAUUGGGUCUGAACAUUAGUCAUUACAGUGGUACACGCAUGCAAAACGCCAUUGAUGCUCUUCUAAGCUACAAAGAGGAAAAAAAACAAACAAAGCUUAACUGUGAAACUAAACCUGUCCUGAAAGGGAAGCGAAUCCUCUUAAAGGGAGGGCUGACUGUACCUUGUAAUGAAGUGAUGGCAGACCAGUAGUGCGAAAGAAGGACGAGGGGUUAGAUGAAUCCAAUUUUAAUAUUUCGGUUUUUCUCCUGAACCCUAUGAGCAGACCAGGAUCUGUGUCCAAAACGGCCGUCAGCGUCCAUACAUGUUAGUGUCUCCAAAAUUCAGUGAAUAUUUGCACAAAACUGCAGAAGCCCUUUUUAAAAUGCAACAGGGGAUCUGCAAAGGGACGUUAAAAUACUCACCACCUGAUUUUUUUUGUUGUUUUUUUUGUUUUGUGAUUCAUCAUUUUAACAAUCUAAGUCUCGUUUGUGUGAUCAUGCGCAGAACCUGUCUAACAGGAUCUACUCAUGAUGCAAACAUUCAACUUUGCUGAAAUGCAUGUGUGUGUGUGCGCAGACCUUUUUAAUCCAAACAACAAUUAACAAGUCUUGUUUUUAUUGAUUACUGAAUGUACUCCUUCUUUUGUAAUGAUUUAAUAAAGCUGUGAAUAUUUUUGAAAGCUGCACAGUGGAUGUUUGAUCAUGAGUUAUUGAGCCGUGAAGGCAGUCUCUGAGUGGAGCUGAAACGGUCCCGAGGCUGGCACGGAGCUGCAGUGUUUCCUGUAUCAGAGUCUGUGGUGUCGUCCGUGUGCAAUAGGAUGUGGUGAGCGCCGUGCGCACGCCGGGCCUCACUUCAAGUGAGGCGGCGUUUUUUUUUUUUUUGGUGGUAGUGCGCCUGUUAAGAAAGAGAAGGCCAGGCCUGAGGAGAGCGGUUUUUGAAAGGAUCCAGCUCCAAGAAGCUUUGUCUUCCAUCACAAUCUUGGACAAGGGUUGGAGAUUUUUGGGGGUUGGAACAGAAAGUAAGGACAGCUAGACGGUCGAGGUUAGAUCCACCCUGUGUGAACAGAGUUUACUGUAGGGUGUCAGUGGUGUGGAUCUGUAGCUGCAGCUUACUGAAUGCCCAAAUUUGAGGGAGAUGCGCAGCUGUUUUUCUGCACUACCCCCCCCCUUUUGCAGGGUGGUUUUAAAAAGUGCGCAUGCCUGCUCACAGGCUGAUGUGAUGCCCUGUGACAGUCUUAGACCUCGUUGGGUGCCACGUGCCUCCUCUGCCCACGCCACAAGCUCCUCCCCCUUUGCUAACCCAGGCAUGUUACUGGGUCGAAAGCACUUUGGCGUCUCGGCGAGGGCAACAUGAGGACACUACCCCUAACGAAGGGCGCCCAUUGGCCGGCCGGUUAUGCGUCACGAUAAUCAGCCCAGUUUUGUGGCGCAGAGACAAAGGGAUGGGGAUGAGGUCACUGGUGGGGAAUGUGGACCCGAGGAUCAAUAUGUGUCCUUUAACAAAAGGAAGUGUGCCCAAAGGUGACCUAAAAGGUUGCAAUGAGGAGAAAUUAUGUUAGUGAGACGUUUCUGUAGAUUUCUGAGGGUGAAGGCAAAGUUUUGCGCAAAACAAAGAGUUUGGAAUGAAAACUGUAGGUGGUGCUGGACACUCGCAGGACUGUAAGGCUCAAUUUCUCAUGAUUGUCACCUUUUGUCAUCCAUUUUCUUAUUUCAGUGUCUCAUGCACUUUUGAAUAUUCUCAGCUUGUGUGAGUGUUGAACAUUGUGCUGUAUCUGUGUAGCAGUUUGUGGCCCUUCCAUGCGUGUUGAUUGUUUUAAACAGUUUGCACAAUCAUGUGGAAAUGUUAUUUUGGGACAAUGAAUGUAAAGUUUGGUUUUAUAUCACAACGUACUGUAAAUGUUCAUUCGACGAGGAGUGAUUUGCCUCAUUAAAAAUGUUCUCAUCUCUGUAAGAAUAUUUCGUAUUUUGAUGCUGCUUUGUGUUUGAAAUAAACACUUUUAAAGAAA